UGGUUUCAUUUGGUUUGAACUAUGAAUAUUGAACUUCUAUGUCUCCAUAUUUGAAAUGUAGAGAAGUGUUAACAUUCAGAAUUGUUAACAUUGAGUAUCUGAUAGCCAAAGAGAACUAAGAUUUUUUUUGGGAGAGAAGAUAUAUCACAUCAACUAAAAAAACUGUGAUUAUUAAUGGUAGGGACUCUAGGGAGGUUGUAGAAUAUGUAAAAAAAAAAAAACCCAACUAAUUGCUAAAAGGCGAUUAAUGGCCGAUUAAUAGGUCUCGAAGCUUGAAGGUGGUCGGCCGCCCGCCUAGCGCCGAGCGCUUUAUAGAACAUUGAAAGGCUUGGGUUUCUCUCUCUACUAUUCCUGGAAUCAAUCUUCAACAGAGGUCCAGCAACGUCGUCGAUCAAUCGCGAGGUCCGGAGACCUCGAUCUCACGUAUAUGUAGAUACAUUAUAUAUGAACAUAUAUAGAAAUAUAUACUACAAGUUUAUUUUUUACUAAUACAGUAUUUAAUUAAUGGACAGAGAGAAGAAGUUGGGGAAGCUUCUUGAUUUGUGGGUUUUUCAGUUUAAAAAUAGGCUGCUGAUUUUGCCACUCUUUUUGUUUGUUAACGCCACUCCCCUGCAAGUAUAUUUUUGGUGGAAAAAAAUACACUUGCAGGGGAGUGGCGUUAACAAAAAAAAGGAGUGGAAAAAUCAUUUCCCUAAAAAUAAAGGAUAAAGAAAAAGAGUGAAAAAUGUAUAUUUUAAUAGGUGUUAAGUAAAAUAGAUAGUGAUGGUGUAGUUGUGAAAGAAAAAGUUAAUAGGUAAAUUAAAAUUGUGAACUAUUCACAAUGUAGUUUAGCUACCUAUUGGUGUACAUGCUCGUAGGGGUUCACUCUUCAUUCCCGAGGCAAAUGAUGUGGUUUUUUUUUUUUCCCUUUCUCUUUUGGUUUCUUUACUUAAAUUCUUGAUGAUUGUUCAAUUGAAGUAUGGACGUUCAACUUUUGAAAUUGUGUGAUACACAUGCGAUUACCAUAUGCAAGUUUAUGCUCCAAAGUGACAUUUUUAAUAAAAUCGUCAAAUCAUACCAGUGUUGUUAGUACUUGCUGUUGCUCUUUCAAAAAAUUAAUACCAAAUAGAAGUGAGUUGCUAUACCAAAAACAAAUUGAAAUUCUGUUUGUCACCAUUUUUUUGUGUGAGAAUUAACCAGUUUUGUUGUUAGCAUUUGUUCAACGGACAACCUCCAAAACCAAAUAGGAAAGCACUGUACUGAGGUGUAAUUGCUGAAGCCCAUGAAGCCAGGCCAGGCCGGCCCUUAAAUUCUGGCUUUGCUUCAUCAAAUUGAGAGUUGAAUGGUGAUGGAUGUGCCCGUGAAAAGUCAAUUAUGAAGUUUCGAUACACCAGAAUUGUGAAAGAUGAUGACAAUGUAAAUCAGAAAGUUCUGGGUUGAUAAAAACUGCUACUCAAAACACCGAUCACUGAUUGAUGCUGAAAAACUCUGCCAGGAGUAUUUGGGAUUUGCAGGAGAGGGACACAAGAUUAGAGAACAUGUUCAUUAAUGGGAUUGUUAAACAAUUUGCCCGCAAUGUCAAAAUAGCUGAGUAAAUAAGAAACAAAGCAACCUAUGCCUGUUGGAUUGAGAGCUAUUAAUUCCUAGUUGAGUCGAAUCCAAGAAUUCAUGGUUCCAAAUCGUAUAUCUCUUCUCGGGUCCUUCCCAAAUUCCUUUCUUCCUUGCUUCCCCCGUAAAAUUACCAUACAAUUUCAACAGUACUUGUGUGGAAGGGUGCGCAGAUGGAAUUGUCCUGCCUUUAGUAACGCAGCUACUGCUCGAGCUCUCGAUGACUUCCCAGUUGAAGAACCUGAACGUGAUCCAAUCAACAUGUCCAGGGCAAAGGUACCUGAUUUUCUUAACUCGAUGGAGCAGCAAGGUAUACAGGCUAAUCAUCAUACCUAUCUAUUGCUCUUAUCCGGGUGCCUCAAUUCUGGGUCUUUAACUGAUGCUAAGAAGCUUCAUGGGAGGAUUUUGAAAUCUGGGUUUGAUGUGGAUCAUGUCAUUUGUUGGCGGCUUGUGGAUGUUUAUGCGACUCUGGGCUGCUUAGAUGGUGCAGUUCAACUAUUUGACAAUAUGUCUGAUUUAAGAGAGUCUAACUGGAAAAUCCUAAUCUCUGAUUUCGCUGGAAAGAAACUGACUUGUAAAAUGUUAGGGCUAUUUUCGCUAAUGAUAAAAGAAAACGUCAACCCAGAUGAAACCACAUUUGCACAUAUCCUAAGGGCGUGCAUUGGUGAUAAAGUCGCCUUCCAGUUUGUCAAACAGAUUCAUGCUAAGAUUAUUCAUCUUGGUUUUGGUGCUAGUCCUCUUGUUUGUAAUCCUUUACUUGAUUUGUAUAUGAAGAGUGGGCUUGUGGAUUAUGCUAAACGAGUUUUUGGACAAUUGUCUUGGAGGGAUAGUGUUUCUUGGGUUGCUAUGCUAUCUGGUUUAUCUCAGAAUGGAUGUGAAGAAGAAGCAAUACUGUUAUUCUGUGAGAUGCACAGAUCAGGAAUAUUUCCUUCUCCUUACGUCUUGUCAAGUGUUAUAAGUGCCUGCACCAAAAUAAAGUUAUUUGAGGUGGGAGAGCAGCUUCAUGCCCUGGUUUUCAAAUGGGAACUUGCAUCUGAAACUUAUGUGUGUAAUGCACUUGUCACCUUAUAUUCACGCAGUGAGGACUUUAUAUCGGCCGAACAAAUUUUCAGCAAAAUGGGUUGCAGGGACGAGGUCUCAUAUAAUACGCUCAUCUCAGGGCUUUCUCAGCGUGGAUUUAGUGCGAGAGCUCUCCAGUUAUUUGAGAAAAUGCAGCUUCAUCAUUUGAAACCCGAUUGUGUUACCAUCGCAAGUGUUUUGAGUGCCUGUGCAUCAGUGGGGGCUCUUCAUAAGGGAAAGCAACUCCACUCGUAUGCAGUAAAGGCUGGCAUCUGUUCGGAUAUCAUUGUUGAAGGUUCUCUCCUUGACCUUUAUGUGAAAUGUUCAGAUGUUGAUGCUGCCCGUGAAUUAUUCCUUUCAACACGGAAAGAAAAUAUCGUUCUGUGGAACGUGAUGCUAGUGGCUUAUGGUCAGGUAGGUGAUCUUAGUGAGUCAUUUCAGAUAUUCUCAAAGAUGCAGAUGGAAGGGUUGAGACCUAACCAAUUCACCUAUCCAAGUAUAUUGAGAACCUGCACAUCCAUGGGAGCUCUAGAUCUAGGGGAGCAGAUCCAUACCCAAGUCAUUAAGACCGGUUUUCAUCCAAAUGUAUAUGCUUCUAGCGUGCUUAUAGACAUGUAUGCUAAGCAUGGGAAACUGGAUUCCGCUCACAAGAUUCUCAGAAGAAUCAAUGAGGAAGAUGUUGUCUCUUGGACGGCCAUGAUUGCUGGAUAUGCCCAGCAUGAUCUGUUUGUUGAAGCCCUUAAACUUUUUGAAGAAAUGGAAGGCAGGGGGAUCCGAUCAGACAAUAUAGGAUUUUCAAGUGCAAUAAGUGCAUGUGCUGGAAUCAAAGCAUUAAAUCAAGGGCAACAAAUUCAUGCUCAAUCAAUAAUCUCCGGUUAUGCACUUGAUCUCUCAAUUGGAAAUGCACUGGUUUGCCUUUAUGCUAGAUGUGGUAGAAUUGAAGAUGCAUACUUAGCAUUUGACAAAAUUGCUGAUAAAGAUAAUAUUUCCUGGAACGGAUUGGUAUCAGGAUUUUCACAGAGUGGGAAUUGUGAGGAAGCACUUAAGGUGUUCUCUCGAAUGAAUCAAUCUCAAGUUGAACCCAAUAUGUUCACCUUUAGUUCUGCUGCUAGUGCCGCUGCUAAUACAGCAAAUAUAAAACAAGGAAAGCAGAUACAUGCUAGAAUUAUAAAAAUGGGGUAUGAUGCGGAAACUGAGGCAUCCAAUGUCUUAAUCACAUUGUAUGCCAAGUGUGGGAUCCUUGAUGAUGCUAAGAGAGAGUUUCUUGAAAUGCCUGAGAAAAAUGAGGUUUCUUGGAAUGCCAUGAUCACGGGUUAUUCUCAACAUGGAUGUGGUAGGGAAGCAAUAGAACUCUUUGAGGAAAUGAAAUGGCUCGGUGUGAUGCCAAAUCAUGUCACCUUUGUGAGUAUUUUAUCAGCCUGUAGCCAUGUGGGGUUGGUAGACAAGGGGCUCAGCUACUUCAAAUCCAUGAGGGAAGAACAUGGCCUAGAACCAAAACCAGAACAUUACGUGUGUGUUGUUGAUAUUCUUGGACGGGCUGGCUUUCUGCACCGUGCAAGAGAAUUUAUAGAGGCAAUGCCAAUUGAACCAGAUGCCAUGAUAUGGAGGACCCUCUUACGUGCUUGUACGGUGCGCAAGAACAUGGAAAUUGGAGAAUUUGCGGGCAAUCAUCUUCUGGAACUGGAACCUGAAGACUCAGCAACUUAUGUUCUCCGGUCAAAUAUGUAUGCAGUUACAGGAAAAUGGGACCGUAGGGAUCACACGAGACAUAUGAUGAAGGACAGAGGUGUAAAGAAAGAACCUGGUCAUAGCUGGAUUGAGGUUAAGAACUCAAUUCAUUCGUUCUUUGUCGGCGACAGGCUCCACCCCUUAGCAGAUAAAAUAUAUGAAUUCUUAGAGGACCUAAACAAACGAGCAGUUGCAAUUGGUUAUGAUCAAGACCGUUCUAGCCUUUUAAAUGAUAUUGAUCAGGGGAAGAAAGAUCCAACUAGGUUCACACAUAGUGAAAAAUUGGCUAUUGCUUUUGGACUCCUAAGCUUGUCUAACGCACUGCCGAUACGCGUAAUUAAGAAUCUUCGCAUCUGUAAUGAUUGUCAUAAUUGGAUUAAGUUCGUUUCGAAAAUCACAAACCGGGCCAUUGUAGUACGGGAUGCAUAUCGCUUUCAUCACUUCGAAGGUGGUGUCUGUUCAUGCAAAGAUUUCUGGUAAUUGAAACGAUCUGAUCGUGGAGAAAACUGAAACCAUUUUAGGGGUCCAAGGCUCGGAAACACAUCUAAGCCUCCAAGGACAACUAUAACCUCUCUCUGGAUACAUAUCUGAUGAUGGAAUUAUCCAGAAGGAACGACUCAUAGCACCGAUGUGCACACAUAUCAGUAUACACUUCUUUCCAAGUUCCUUGACACUUGCCUUCUCCUCAGCCAGUCUGUCACUCACUUUCUCAACUUACAGUCCAGGCCAAUCUCAGACAUGGAGCGGUGCAAGACACAUUCCGACUACAAUUCUGCGGGGAGCAAGCAUGUUCAUGCUAAUCGUGCAGCAUUCCUGCUUAGAAGUCAUAAUUUUUUGUUGAUUGCGGACCAUGCAUGCUUGGCUAGCUGAAGCCGAAACAGCUAGCGAGAAAAGAUGGGAUGUGGUUUAGAAUCUUUAGAUGAGAACUUAAAACUGAAGCCUCACACCAGUUUACUUUCUGUACUUGAUUUUAGUCAACUGCCCGUGAUUAGUUAUUGAUGUCAGCGUGGUUCAUGCUGAGAUCCUAGGUCACAUGCAUAUCUGUAACUGUAAGCUUUUUCUUCCAUAUGUUUAAUUGCUUUUAGUUCA